CAAUGGACGCAUAUGUUAUCUAUCCGAUAAAAUCAUUACGUUGGCAAAUGUUGCAAAACAUACACAAACUUAAGUCAUAAAGUAAAUAAUAUUUAUUUACAAUCAGGCUUCAUAUGGAUCAAAUCUCAGUUUUUCGAUAUAAAUGUGAUGCGUAAAAAUGGGAUUAUAUGAGAAGUUCAAGAAAAGUCUGAAAGGAAGUUUAAAAACAUGGACUCGGUGCAACAGGCCGGAGCUCACCUCGUACUGCGGAUGCUGCGAUCUCUCCACCGGGAUCUACAUCAGAUCAGUCGCUACUGUGGUGAUAACAGCAGCGUCAAUAAUAUUCAACUGUUUCCUACUCCUCUCCGUGAUCGACGCGAGGAAGAGGAUUCGCAAUGCUGACAUGGCCACCUUGGAAGAAUUCCUCGACUCUGAGCAGCCAGCAGACCUGAAUAGUGUUUUCAUGAUACUGGACGGCUUGGUAGCCUACUUGAUCAUCUGGAGUCACUUCAAACUCUUCUGUAUCGUCCGAAACCUGUGGACUAUUUACGCUCUUUAUAAGAAAAGGCGUCGCUCAUUGAAGUUGUUACUGUACAUAGGCGUACCCUGCUGGAUUUUCGACGGAUGUCUAUCUAUCAUUGGUGGCAUACUCUUGAGGUACCUAGCCAAAGGAAUGUUGUUUAUCAACUUUAUGUUCGAAGGCUACAAUCUUCUGGCAAUACACAGUAAAUACAAGGAUAUUUCUGGAAAAUCUAGAAUAGUCAAAGACUUUGGUAUAACCCCUGAAAUAAUCAGGCCGCAUAUAACAAGUGCACCAGAAACUCCUGUGGAUACAAGAAGUGAGCCUCAUUGCAUCACUUGUAAAUGCUUUGUUAGACACGAUAAUGAUUGUCCGCAUGUAAACAAUUAUGUUAAUAAUGUUGGAGCAACGCCAGUAGCUGCAGCUCAAACUAUUGAAAAUAUGUUGCCUAUUACUCCUGAAGCAUUAAGUUCUACAGAAAACAAAAGCGAAGAAACUUUAAAUUUUAAAGAUAAUCCAAUAAUUUUUAAUCAAGAUAUACUUCAAGGUGUGCAUACGGCUACACCAACUUCACAAACAAACGAAGAAGAUAAUAUAAGAGAUACAAAUAAAUAUAGACCUCAAAGACCAACCACAUUAGCUAUAAGACCAAUAGUCAUCAAAGAAGAGAAGACAGACCUAUGUGAUACGCCCGUUAUAUACGAUGAAACACAGUUCAAUGUCGGAACAAGUUCAGUUAUUGAAAGAGUGUAAAUUAAUUUUAUCAAAUGCUUUAUA